AUGACAGUGGCUCUUCCAGUGUCAUUAGAAAAGCUGAACUACAAAUCAAAAUACCAAAAUAUAUCGAUACUUGGGAAUGGGAGCUUUGGCACCGUAACCUUGGCCAAAUACCGCAACCUGUUGGCCAACCUUUUUCAAAGCUCAGCUAGCUGCAGGGCCACUAUGAUGGAGCCAUUGCUUGAUAGCAAUGCCCACCUUAAUCCAUUGGUGGCUGUAAAAACCAUGAAUCGUAAACUUGCCAAUACUAUGGACUACAUGCGAGUGAAAGAGGUACGGUUCAUUUUAUCGGUCCCAUCGCAUCAUUGUCUUGUUCAAAUAUACGAGAUGUUUGUUGAUGAGGUGGAUUUACAACUAUGUAUUGUCAUGGAGUCCAUGAAUCAAAAUUUGUAUCAACUUAUGAAACAAAGGAAGAAUAUUAGAUUUUCAUCGGUCACAUUGAAGAGUAUACUCCGUCAAUUGACAGAUGGUCUUAGACAUAUACAUCGUCAUGGGUUUUUCCAUAGAGAUCUUAAACCUGAAAAUAUCUUGGUGAUUUCCACUUCACAAUAUUAUGGCUGCAAAGAAAAUAUUCCAAUUUCGCGUAAAGAUGAUAACUAUGUUGUCAAGAUUGCUGAUUAUGGGUUAGCUCGUCAUGUUCAAAACAUGAAACCAUAUACCGCAUAUGUCUCAACACGAUGGUAUAGAUCCCCUGAGAUAUUACUUCGUAGAAAAUGGUAUUCCAAACCAGUUGAUAUUUGGGCAUUGGGGACUGUUGCGGUGGAAAUUGCAACUUUUAGACCUUUAUUCCCAGGUUCAAAUGAAUUAGAUCAAACUUGGAAAAUCCUUGAGGUCUUAGGAUGUCCAUCAGUGGGUAAUCAACCAUUUAGAGGGGAUGAUAAGCAAUCGACUGGAAAUACUAAUAAUCUGAUACAAACUCUGCUUCUGCUGCUGCAAUUACUGCUGCUGCUUCUGCUGAAAUUAUCAAUGAAUGAUUCAUUAGAUGAUUUCACUCCUUUUGGAGGGUAUUGGGAAGAAGCACAAACUUUAUCAUCCAAACUUGGAUUUAUUCUUCCUGCCACUUUAGGAUCUCGAAUUGAAGAUAUUUUACCCGGAAAUAACUAUGAUCAAUUGGGUAAAAUAAUUAAAAUGUGUUUAACAUGGAAUCCUGAUACAAGAGCAGAUAUUGAAACUAUUUGUGCACAAGAAUAUUUCCAAGGUACUUGCUUAGCAAGUCCAUAUAGAGAGCCAGAAAGAUUGUUCGAUGGUAAGGAGAAUUUAAAUCAUAUGAGAGAACCCAAAAAUCUAAAAUUGGAGAAUAAUGAUGAGAAUAAAGAUCCAAUUGAGCGUAUACAACCAAUGGUUGUGAGUGUUUCCAAGGAAAAGGAAAUAGUUAACAAUUACUUGGGACAUACAUGUAAUGUUUACGAUGAUGAUAAUGAUGGAUAUGAACUGGAAUUUAUGAAAAGUCUUACACUUGAUGAUUUUCAAGAAUAUUCAUUUGCCAAUAAUUUUGAAGAAACCAUGGCUAGCGAUAAGGAAGGCUGUGAUAUUGAAGAUUAUGAAGCAUACAUCAAUUAUGAUGAAGCUGAACUAGCAACUUAUCGAGCAAAUAGUGGAUAUUCAUGGGAAAAUGAUGCAGAAGAUGAGAGUAUAGAUAACGAUCCAGAAGAUAUGCAAGAAGACUCUAGACAAGUGGAUUACUCUUUUGGAAGUGGGUACGAUAUUAAAUGCUAA